UAAUAAUAAUAAUAAUAAUACAAUUCCAGGCAGCCAAGCGAUCGAUCGGUCUUGAGGGUGGCGGUGGAAGCGAUCGAUCGGUCGCAAUGCCGAAGAAGAUGGGCGUGAACACGAAGGCGGAGGCGGCACACGCCCGCCGGAGCGCUGUGGAGGCGGAGCGCAAGGACCGCGCGGCCAAGGACAAGGAGGAGCAGUACUGGCGGGAGGCGGAGGGCUCCAAGUCCCGCGCCGCCAAGAAGCGCGAGGAUGAGGCCGAGAAACGAGCCGAGGCCGCCGCUCGCCGCGCCGAGAACCGCAAGCUCGCCGAGCAGGAGCAGCGGGAGCUCGAGGUCGCUGGGCGCAAGCCCGACCGCAAGGCCGCCCGCGUCUCCGUUCCCGUCCCCAAGGUCACCGAGGCCGAGCUCCAGCGACGCCGCGAGGAGGAGCGGCAGCGCAUCCUCCAGACUGCCGACGCCGCCAAGAAGCGCCAGAGCCGCACCGCCGACGAGGAGGAGUACGAUCGGAUGGUGAUGGUGGAGAACACCAACAGGGACGACUCGGUGAUCGAGGCCCACUCCGUGGAGGAUGCCAUCGCCAGGAUGGCCCUCCCGGAGCCCGCGCUGCCGCCUGAUCGCCAUCCUGAGAGGAGGCUCAAGGUUUCUUUCAAGGCUUUUGAAGAAUCAGAGCUUCUCAAAUUAAAGGAAGAGAAACCAGGUCUGACGCUCAACCAGUACAAGGAUAUGAUAUGGAAGCUUUGGAAGAAAUCCCCUGACAAUCCCCUAAACCAG